CUCUUGACAGAAAGGUCUAGAGCCAUCGAGAACUAUUCAAUUCUCGCGAUAUUGUAUUAAGAUUCCGCGUGAACUCGCAAAACCACCUUGCAUCUACCGGUGUGCACCACUACCACCAGAGUACUCCGUAUUGUGCUGUGGAUUAUGAAUUCAAUUUGAAUUUUCACUUUUGAUUUAACAUUAUCCGCUGACUUUUAUACGUCUUUCAAAAUAAUUCAAACACGUUUCUGUUUAAAAAAAAUCGUUAUCUACGUCUCCAUUUCAUACAGUAGUAGAAUACAGGCAAGGUAGCGUGGAAGAUGUCAGUGGUGGGAAUUGAUCUGGGCUUUCAAAGCUGCUAUGUUGCUGUAGCUCGAGCCGGAGGAAUUGAAACCGUGGCUAACGAAUAUAGCGACCGAAGUACACCAGCAUGUGUGUCCUUUGGACCACGUAAUCGUUCAGUAGGAGCGGCAGCCAAAGGCCAGGUUGUAACAAAUUGUAAGAACACUGUUCAAGGGUUCAAGCGAUUCCAUGGCAGGGCAUUUUCAGACCCCUACGUCCAGUCAGCAAAAUCUAGCCUGGUUUACGACCUGGCCCAGUUGCCUUCUGGGUCAACCGGGAUCAAGGUGAUGUACAUGGAGGAGGAGAAAGUCUUCAGCAUUGAACAAGUCACUGCCAUGCUGCUGACCAAACUGAAGGAGACUGCUGAGACUGCAAUGAAGAAACCUGUGGCUGAUUGUGUUAUCUCUGUCCCCAGCUUCUACACUGACGCAGAGAGGAGGUCCGUUAUAGAUGCUGCUCAGAUUGCAGGACUCAACUGCCUACGACUUAUGAAUGAGACCACUGCAGUUACACUGGCAUAUGGGAUCUAUAAACAAGAUCUCCCUGCCCCUGAGGAAAAGCCAAGAAAUGUGGUGUUUGUAGAUUUGGGCCAUUCUGGUUAUCAGGUCUCCAUCUGUGCCUUCAACAAAGGAAAGCUCAAAAUGCUAGCUUCUGCGUCUGAUGCAGCAUUGGGUGGCAAAGACUUUGACGAGGUGUUGGUGAACCAUUUCUGUGAGGAGUUUGGCAAGAAGUACAAGCUGGAUGUGAAAACCAAGCCCAGAGCCCUGGUUCGUCUCUAUCAGGAGUGUGAGAAGCUCAAGAAGCUGAUGAGCGCCAAUUCCUCUGAUCUGCCACUCAACAUUGAGUGCUUCAUGAAUGACAUUGACGUCACUGGGAAACUUAACAGAGGCCACUUUGAGGAGAUGUGUGCAGGGCUUCUGGCCAAAGUGGAGGCUCCCCUGCGCAGCGUCAUGGAACAAGCCAAGCUGAAGAAGGAAGACCUCUACGCUGUGGAAAUCGUGGGCGGUGCCUCCAGGAUCCCAGCCGUCAAAGAAAGAGUUUGCAAAUUCUUUGGAAAAGAACUGAGCAUGACUUUAAAUGCAGACGAGGCUGUUGCAAGAGGAUGUGCACUGCAGUGUGCUAUCCUGUCCCCCGCCUUCAAAGUCAGAGAGUUUUCCAUCACUGAUGUUGUGCCCUAUCCCAUCUCCUUGAAGUGGAACUCUGCUGCAGAGGAGGGGUUAAGUGAUUGCGAGGUAUUCCCAAAGAACCAUGCAGCACCCUUCUCCAAAGUGUUGACGUUCUACCGGAGAGAGCCCUUCUCCUUGGAGGCCUACUACAACAACCCUAAAGAGCUGCCGUACCCAGACCCCUCAAUAGGUCAGUUCAUGGUCCAGAAAGUGGUUCCCCAGGCGAAUGGUGAAAGCUCAAAGGUUAAGGUGAAAGUUAGGGUGAAUGUCCAUGGUGUCUUCAGCGUGUCCAGUGCCUCUCUAGUGGAGGUCCUGAAACCUACUGAGGGAGAGGAGCCCAUGGAGACAGACCUUGCUGGGAAGGAAGACGAGAGUAAGAUGCAGACUGACCAAGAUGACCAGAAAGCCCAAGGUGAUGGACAGAAAGACAAUGCUGACAAGAAGUCUGAGACUGAGGAAAUGGAGACUUCAGAGGAUGGAAAAGAGAAGAAUCAAGCUUCAUCAGCAAAGAAACCGAAAGUGAAAACGAAGACUGUCGAGCUCCCAAUAGAAAACAGCCUGCGCUGGCAACUAACCAACGACACGGUCAAUCUGUUUGUGGAGAAUGAGGGUAAGAUGAUUAUGCAGGACAAGCUGGAGAAGGAGCGGAACGAUGCCAAGAACAACGUAGAAGAGUAUGUCUAUGAUAUGAGAGACAAACUGCAUGGAUUGUUGGAGAAGUUUGUCAGUGAAUCUGACAGAGACACCUUUUCGUUAAGACUUGAGGACACCGAGAACUGGUUGUAUGAAGACGGCGAGGACCAACAGAAACAAGUGUACAUCGACAAACUGGCUGAAUUAAAGAAACUUGGGCAGCCCAUCCGGGAAAGAUACAAUGAGGCUGAGGAAAGGCCAAAAGCAUUCGAUGAACUCGGAAAGCAUAUCCAGCAGUUCAUGAAGAUUGUAGAAGCUUACAAAACAAAGGAGGAGCAGUAUGAGCAUUUGGAUGAGUUAGAGAUGUUGAAGGUGGAUAAGCAGGUGAACGACGCCAUGAUCUGGAUGAACAGCAAAAUGAACGCGCAGAGCAAACACAAUCUUACCCAGGAGCCUGCUGUCAAAGUCAGAGAGAUUCAGGCAAAAACAAAGGAGCUUGACUCUGCUUGCAACCCAAUCGUGUCAAAACCCAAACCAAAAGUGGAGGUCCCCAAGGAUGAGAAGGCAGAGCAGAAUGGGCCAGUAAAUGGACAGGAGGGCACAGAGGCCCAGCCAGGCAGCCCAGAGAAGGGUGCAGCAGGGGGCACGGCGGCUCCUGAAUCUGCAGAGGGCAACAAACUGCCUGAGAUGGACAUUGACUAACUGCUGCAGCUGCCUCUCUAACCCCUCUGACAUCUUGCUGAUGAUGCCCUCUCUUUUGAUUACACAAUUGGACUAUUCCUUUAAAUACUCUCAAUCUGCCUUCUUGGCAUGUAACACUUUACCUGUUGAUAUACAAUGAUAGCGUAUUGAUCAGGCUGUUUGACAUAAAAUACUGUAAGGCUGCAGGAUGGAAACUUGUUUUCUGUGUUUCGCUUCAAUGGCCAUUUUGUAAGGAAUGUUCAGCCCACUUCCACUGAGAAUGUCAUAUUAAGAGGUGGUACGCAGAGGAAAGUAGUAAAGACGUUUGAUGAAAUUGUUAACUAUUAUUGAUUGGGGGUAGAGGUUCAAGCUUAGCAUCAUCAUUAUUCCCCAUUGGAUAUGACUUACUGUGCAUUUGUUUCACUUAAAUCUUGCAGCUGUUGGAUAAAUGUAUAGGACACCCUGCUGGGGAGAGAUUGGAAGGAAUAAAGGUUCAUGUAUUCAGAGAUGGGUAUUAUAGAGGCACCAAUUAUCUGUCCACUAUAUUCAAUUAGAUUUGAGUUACUGUCAUGCAGUAUUUUAAUGUAAGGCUGUCUCUUUAAAAGCAAUGGUCUGUGAGUUGUUCUCUGGUAUAGACUUGUUUUGUUUUUCUAUUCUACAACAGUGUGGGGAAGACCAGUUUGGUGCUGUUACCACUAACCAAAAGCAAAAUAAAUACAUGUUGGUGUCUGAGAA